GCGGCCAGGGCGCGACUAGACGUCGAUGCUUCGAUGAGCGGCCCGCUGGAAGGCUCCGGGGAGAAACGGCGCCCUGUGGGGCGGAAGCGAGGGGGGCAUGGGCGUGCGUCUGAGCCCGCGGCGCUCCGGGUGCGGCUGCAGAGAAGAGUCCGCCCGCGAGCGGCCCCUUAAGUGCGGCCCAGCCUGGUCAUGCUUUUGCCCCGCAGAACGCCGGCGGUCCAGAUCCACCUCCCGGGAGAGGGAGAGGCGGCGGCGGGAGCGGUCGAGGUCUCGGGAGAGGGACCGGAGGAGAAGUCGCUCCCGCUCGCCGCACAGGCGGCGGUCCAGAUCUCCACGGCGACAUAGAUCCAGUUCCUCUUCCCCUUCCCGACAGAAAGAAAGGCGAGAUGAAGAAAAGAAAGAAAACAAAGACACUAAAAGCAAAGAGCGUCAGAUCACAGAAGAGGAUCUAGAGGGCAAGACUGAAGAAGAAAUUGAAAUGAUGAAAACGAUGGGAUUUGCAGCAUUCGACACAACAAAGGGAAAGAAAGUGGAUGGCUCUGUGAAUGCUUAUGCUAUAAAUGUAUCACAGAAGAGGAAAUACAGGCAGUACAUGAACAGAAAAGGUGGAUUCAACAGACCUCUGGAUUUUAUUGCCUGAUAGCAGCAUUGGCAGCAUGUGAAUGAAGACUCUGCUCUAGCUCCUUAACUGGCCUAGGCCAGGUGUUGCUGUCGAGACAUCUUCCCGUGCAGAACGGGUCCUGUGCAUUGCUGAGUCCAUGAAAGUGACAUUAUCUCAUAGGGUGAGAUGGUUGUAUGUUUUUCUGUUGUUUUUUUUAAACAUAAAGUUAUUUUCUUUUGUGUGGUUGUGUUUCAGUUUUGUAGGUUUUUGCUUUUAAAAUAGAAAAAAGCCAUUUGUCUCAUUGAACACACUUGGACUAGGACACUUCUGUGAAAUUUAAGGCAGCAAAAUUAUAUGCGUUGCUGAAAUAGGGAUAUAGCUAUUAAGGGUUUUUUUUUUUUUCUGAGCAUGUGAGACAACUGUUACCCAGCCCAUCAACAUUUAACCAAAACACCUCCUCUCCUUCUGUAUUCCAAAAUCAUGUCGUGAGAUUUUGAUGGAUUUUUCUGCCUCUUGUUUCUGUCCAGCAGAGGGCCUCUAAACAAAUGUGUAAAUAUAAUACAAUUCUGAUUUGUCAGUUUA